AUGGCUUCCUCUACCGGCCUCGCCUCGGACCGCCGCAAGUCGCGCAAGGCCCACUUCGCGGCCUCGUCGGGCCUCAAGCGCAAGAUCAUGUCGGCGCCCUUGAGCAAGGAGCUCCGUGCCACCCACGGCGCCCGCUCGAUCCCCAUCCGCAAGGACGACGAGGUCCUCAUUGUCCGGGGGAAGUACAAGGGCCGUGACGGCAAGGUCGUCCAGGUCUACCGCAAGAAGUGGGUCAUCCACGUCGACCGCGUCCACGUUGAGAAGUCGAACGCCGCCACUCCUUCGGUCGGCAUCCACCCCUCGAACGUUGUCAUCACCUCUCUCAAGCUCGACAAGGACCGCAAGGCCAUCCUCGAGCGCAAGGGUGGCAAGAAGGCGGCCGAGCCCGCCGCUGAGGAGAAGAAGUAG